AUGUCUGAGAAGCAGCAGUCCGUCACCGUUCACUAUGGAAAUCAAAGAAUUCGCAUGUCAGUUGACUUAAACGAAACUCUUGGAAGUUUCAUUGAAGAUUUAGUACAAAAAGCAGGGAUUCAUGAAAAGAAGAUCAAGCUUUUCUACGCAGGAAAGCGAUUGAAGGACAAUAAUACGUCACUGUCCAAGUUUGGUUUGAAGAACCAUAGUAAGAUAUUGUGUAUUAAGCCACAGAAGAAGCAUCUUCCUGAACAAGAAACAGGAGAGAAGACUGCUCAAGCUGAAGAACAGAAUCCCGCUUACUCACGCAUAUUGGGUGAAAUCCAGGCCAUUGACAACUAUAUCAACAAAGAUCUUACACCUAUAUAUAACACUUAUGUUCACGAGAGUUUCGACGAUAAGCAGAAAAAGACUAAGCAAAAGCUAAUGGCUUAUGAGCUUCUUCUGCAACAAUUAUUAAAAUUGGAUGGUGUCGACGUUAUGGGAAGUGAAAAACUUCGCAUGAACCGAAAGGCUCUUGUAGCGAAAAUCCAAAAAAUGCUUGAUCAUGUUGAUGAAAUAAGCAAGAAGCAUUCCAUUUAA